AUGCCAGGAUUGAAAAAUCGCACCACAUGGGCCCCACUUUUGCUGAAGACAUCCGACAUCACUUCCUGUGCAAACGGCUGCUCUCUGGGCAUCACGGCUCAUCUCACAUAUGUGAAUACUGACCCUGAACCUGUAGAGGGUGUGUUUGUGUAUCCUCUGGGGGAGAAGGAGGUUGUGGUGGGUUUUGAGGCAGUGGUGUCCGGCAGGCUGGUCAGUGUGGAGCUCCAGAGCCGUGGGAAGCUAGAGGACUGCUGUCUGGACUGCUGCCGAGGAUCGGCACUGCACACUCAGUGUGGUCACAGCAAGGAGUGGGGAUGCUGUGGAGGAACAGGUCUGGAAAUACAGUGCUCUAACGGUCAUCUGUUGCUGGAUGAGGACCUAGAGAGGAGCACUUUCAUUGUGAGCACAGGCCAGAUUGGACCUCUGGAAAUUGUGUCCGUUGUCAUCAGUACCACCCUUGAACUUCCAACACUUGAAAAUGGCGCAAUCCGUCUGGUUUAUCCCACAGUGCUCACACCUAUAGUCAGAUCGCGGAUCCAACCAGGAAAGAAUGAAAAUGGGGGAAAAUCAGAUGAGAACAGCCCGACUACGUGCUUUGGCAGCGUGUCUGGGAAGCAGGAGAGGAUGCUGGGAGUCGGGCAGCAGUGCACACAUGCUUUGCUCACCAGCACUGCCACAAACCUCUCGCCUUAUCAGCUCAGCUUCCAGCUGCUGUUUCGAGGAGCUUGUCUGCUGGCCGGUCUGGAAAGCCCUACCCAUGCCCUGCGCGCAGACGCUGACCCCAGUGCACAGUCUGCAUCUGCAACCUACAUCACGCUGGCGAUGGAGCAUUUAUGUGACCGACAUCUGGAAAUAAUACUACACCUUAGCAAGCCUCAUAGCCCGUUGGUCAUCCUAGAGAGGGGCCGUCUCACAUUUAGUGAAUACGAGCAGCAGAUCCGUGCUCGACGUGAUUUCAUUCGUUUUGCCCGAAAAGAGGUAGAGUCUGAAAAGAGGCUGGAGUUCGUGCGAAGACGCUAUCACAAGGAUCUGCUCUUGAACCCCGUCCUGAUGCUUAACUUCUGCCCAGAUCUGCUGUCAGAACCAACAGAACUGCAGCAGGCCAGCAGAGAGCUCAUCUUCCUCAUUGACAACAGUAACACAAUGACGCAGCACAACAUCAACAAGAUCAAGGAGGGAAUGUUGGUGGCUAUCAAGAGUCUGCCGACCCACUCUAUGCUGAACAUCGCUGGAAUCUGCUCUACAGUCAGGCCUCUUUUCAACUCCAGCAAGCCCUGCACAGAUGAGAAACUGAACCUCAGAAAAGAUGGAGAUCACAAAGGGUUCUGGAUUGAUGUUUACCUUUGA